AUGUCCUAUAGCCAUUACCGCCAACAUGCCCCGGGCUGGGGUACUCAGAAUCUUCAGUUCACUCAGCCUCUUGCUCCCACCUUUCAACCACAGCCGCAAUGGGGCGGCUCUGACUUCUAUAACGCUCACGCCAUCAAUCCCAACCCCUCGGUCUAUGAACAUGCAUGGGGUAACGUCCGACAGUACACUGGCGCCCCGCUUGAUAUUGGAGUUGGGGCCCACGAGGCCAAGCAUUGGCACAAACGCGCCUAUGGCGGUUUGAGUGACCUCAAUACCUUGUCUCCGGAGGAUAUUGGACACGCCGCGGCAUAUGAGGCCUAUCGAACCUGGAUUAGCAAUAGCUCGAUCUAUGAGCCACUCAGUGGUGACAUGGAGCGUCAAAGAGAAGGCCUCGUUGGCUUGGCUGUUGGAGAGGCUUCUCGUCUACUCCAGUUCACAAAUCGCUGGACAGACAAUUAUGCUCAAACAGCCGCCUCUGAUGCGGCAGCGGCAACAGCAUCAAUCCUGUUUCAACGGAAGUAUCGCGAUGUGGAAGAGGGAGAAUACCACAGGUCACGCUCUCGCACCAGACGAGGCUCUGUAGGCUCGUACGACGACCCAUACGCGUCAGAUUUGUUAGCGGUUUCGUCUGGGGUUGGGCGUCUGCGCUCUCAUUCCAGACAACGUUCUCAUUCGCGCUCACCAAUGAUGUAUCCAUCACCCGGCCCGACAGCUCCUAUGGCCAUACCAACCUCGAAUGGCUCGCACUAUGCCAUGGGAACACCAUACCCCAAUACUGCCCAGCAGCUACCGAUAUAUGGCCAACCUUCGCCAUACAGUGCUCCAUCGGUUGUUGGUCAACAGUACGGCUCGAUGCCAACUACUCAGAUCUAUAGCGGUUCAGUGCCCAUGAGCCAGUCUUAUUCUGUUCCAACGGUCAUCCAAGUGGGCGGUGCGCGCCAACGUAGCACUUCCAUGUCCAUUCCUGGCUACACCGUUCAACCUCAAGUUCAAUACGCAAUGCCAACGCAAUACCACCAUGUUGCUGCGCAGCAACCUCAGGCUAUCGUUGUCGGUUCGGGGCACCGCAAACACCAUCACCACCACCACCACCAUCGGAGCAAGAAGAGCAAGCGGUCUCGAAGCACCGACUACCCCAGCAGAUACUAA